GUGUGUUAAACUCUCGCCUUAAACAUGAUAAGAAAUUGGAGAGAUUUCGUUGGCAAUAUCUUUCCCUCCAAUCCGGAAAUUGGUGAAAUUGGUUCGCUCAAAUUAAACAUAUGGCUAGCCAAUAUUACAGGGGUGCCGAUAAUUGGUCUAAAAAAGGAAUCAAACAACAUGAAAUUGUUAAUAUUGGUAUAUGGCAUUUGUACUAGUUUCUUGGUGACAUUUGUUUAUACUGGUUUUGAAAUUUAUGAUUUGAUCUUGAAUCUAGAUGAUUUGGAUAAAAUAACACAGAAUAUUUGUUUGUCUUUGACACAUGUGACGGGAACAGUGAAGAUUGCAAAUUUGUUUUACAGAUAUAAAGAUCUGAAAAUGGUUAUAGACAAGUUAAAAUAUGUUACAAAAACAUACACCAAAUCGCAGAAACAGCUUGAAACCUUUCAAAAUGGAGAAUUGGAAAACAAAAUAGUGUUAAGCAUCUAUAUUGGUAUAGUGGGUAUAACUGGAAUUUUGGCCAUGAUUGUGCUGUUCAUGCAUCCUGAAUCUGUGGCUGGUGAAAUAUUUCCCUAUCGUGUAAUUCUGCCAUCUUGGUUGCCACUCUUUUGGCAACUCAUCUACAUGGGUAUGAGUGUUUCGAUAUUUGCCAUACAAAUAGUGUCCGUUGAUUAUUUAAAUGUUACCAUCAUCAAUCAAAUACGUUUUCAAUUGAAUAUAUUAAAUUUGUCAUUUGAUGAAUUGACCAUUGCAGCCAAGACUCCGGUUAACAAGAAAAAAGAACAUGCUAAAGCAUUGGAGGUUUGGAAAGGAGAACCAUUGGCACGUUUAAAUUCGAUUAUCGAACAUCAUUGUUUAUUGAGGGAAAUUCGUCAACUGACUGAGGAUAUUUUCUGUCAGCCCGUUUUGCUGCAGUUUUUCACGUCUUUGAUGAUAUUUGCCAUGACCGGUUUUCAGGCCACGGUCAGAACUGGUGGCAGCAAUGGGGCUGUUUUAAUUUAUUUUUAUUGUGGCUGCAUCUUUUGUCAACUUUUCGUUUAUUGUUGGUUUGGCAAUGAAGUAUUUGAACAGAGCAAAACACUUGCCACCAGUGGUUUCAAUUCAUCAUGGUAUCUCUUCGAUCGUCGCUAUGGCAAAUCUCUGGUGAUCUAUCUAACCAAUGCACAAUGUCCAUUCAUAUUUACAGCUGGCGGUUUCAUGGGACUCUCUCUGCCAAGUUUUGCGGGAAUUUUGAGUAAAUCGUAUUCGUAUAUUGCUCUACUACGUCAAAUAUAUGGAAGAUAAAAAAAUUAAAAUAAAAAAAAAUAUAACACAAAUCAAACAACACACAAACUCAUUCAUGAAACUGA